AUGGCGGCGACGACGGCGACGCGCGGGUUCGUCCCCGUCGCGGGCGACCGCAUGACGCGAGGGCGCGGCGGCGGGCGCGGCGGCGGCGGGCGCGGCGGGCGCGGCGGCGGCGGGCGCGGCGGGCGCGGCGGCGGACGCGGCGACAGAGCGCGCUUCGGAGGGAAGGGCGGGCACGUGCGCCGCCCGGGGAAGACGAAGCUCCCGCCGCACGUCCUCGCGGCUGUCGAGGAGAAGGCGCGGCUGAGGCGGAUCGACGAGCGCGCGCACUUCUGGGCGGAGGUCCAGGCCGCGAUCGACGGCGAGGGCGGCGCGCGGUCGCACGGGCGAUGCCUCCCGGACCGCGAGGAAGACCUCUUCCCUCGCCUCUUCGCGAAAUCGUCGUCGUCGUCGUCGUCGUCGUCGUCGAGAUCGGCGUCGGACGCCUUCGACGCGGCGCACGUCGCCGCCGCGGACGCGUACGACGACAUCCCGGUCACCGUGGACGACCCCGCGAGCGAAGACGGUAAGAGCGAAGACGUCGAGCCGCUGCCGACCGGCGCGGAGGGCGUGCGCGCGUUGGCGGACGCGCUGGAUCGAUUCUUCGACGGGUCCGACGGGUCCGACGGGUCCGACGCCGACGCCGCGCGGCGCGAGUUCGUGGACACCGCGACGCGAAGGCUCGGGUUCGAGACGCUGACCCCGGUGCAGCGGCACGCGAUACCGCUCGCGCUGAGCGGCAGAGAUUUGAUAUGCAGCGCCGCCACGGGGAGCGGGAAGACGGCGGCGUAUUUGAUCCCCGCCGUCGCGAAGACGCUAUUCGGGACGCGCGGGGACGGGGACGGGGACGGGGACGGAAACGGCGGGAAUCCAUCCCGGGAUCUCGGGGACGUCUCCUCCGGCAUCUCCGCGGACGUCGCGGACGAGCUGUACGACGACCUGUUCGGCGAAGGCGGCGACAACGACGACGCGUUCGACCUCUUCGACGACGACGACGCGGAAGUGGCGACGGCGACCGCGACCGAGAGGAGAAAGCGCGGUCCGGGCUACGGCAGCCGACGCGUCCGCGCCGCGCCCUCUGAGGGUGCCGAGGAGGGUGCCGACGCCGACGCUGACGUGGACGACGCCGACGCCGACGCCGACGCCGACGCUCGCCCCCCGCUCUCCGCGGAUGAGGUGCGUCCCACACACUGGUCCCCAUACGACCGCGUUGGUGUGGUGAACGCGGAUCCUUAA